CGCGCCCCCGCCCCCGCCCCCGCCCGAGAUCCACCCUCGUCGGCGCUCUGCCGCCGCAUCGCCCCUUCUUCUGCCUGCCGCGCGCCCCCCUGCUCCUUCGCAGCUCUGCCCCGCCGCCGCCGCAUCGGCCCCUCCCCUCCCCUGCUCCCCCGCAGCUCCGUCCCGCCACCGCGCACCGCUGCCUUGAGCUCCCCGCCUGGACGCAUUUUGGAUCUCCCGUCGGAGACCAACGUUUUUGGGUGGUGCCCUUUCAGCCCCACUAGGACUCAAUUUGGCUUUUGGGUCUCCUCCACCGUUGGAGAUAGCCUAAGGAAGGAAGGUCCCAACCUAAUCCUCUACCUUAGACGUUAGCGCAGUUCCAUCGGGUGCUUGAGCAGCUCCGCCGAGGCUUGCGCGGACUUGAACCCGUCGUGCGGGGAGGGCGAGGGCGUGCCGGCGUCGGUCGCCGCGCUGCGCGGAGCGCCACUGUCCGCGACGAGCCGCCGGACAGGACGAGCGUGGACACUCUGCACGCAGCAGCACGAGCGCCGCUGGCAGCCGUCCGGUGUCCGAUUGGGAAGGAUGAAAUCAAAGAGGCAAAAACGGCGAGCUAGCUAGGGAGGGAAACCGGAGGCGCUGCCGCGAGCUUCGACGGCGGCGGAUUGGUUCUGACGCUGCGGCGUGGGCUCGGCCAGCGGUGCGGCGGCGCGGCACGCUCGCGCUCUCGGUGGCUUGGCCGGCGCUGCGGGCCUGUGAGCUGCGGCGCAGUUGACCCUUCGUAGCGUGAAGGCCACCUAGAAGAACCGGAAGGCACCAUUCCCGCUGCCAUUUGCAAAUUGCAAGAAUCAAGACACCAAACGACAAGCUAGAACAAACCAGCAAGGAUACGGUAUCCAAGGCACAGUUUUUUCCCUCAAGAUAACUGGGUAUUCAUCUGACUCGAUGCCCCAAGUGAAGGCCGCCUCUGCGCUGGUGAACCGGCCGGUGCCCGCACCUUCAUUGUUGGAGCUCAGAGCCCGUAGACUCUACAGUCAUAGCCAUUUCCCCUCAACAUCUCGUAUUUCCUGCUCAUCAGAGUUCUCAGAUAGAUGUUCUGCCAAGGAGUUGGAAGCAUCUGAGUACACUGACGAUACAUAUGCUGAGAAUGCUGCUGACAGGGAUGAAGAAGGGGAGUGUUUAGGAUGGAGCAAAGAAGAAAUUGAUGCCAUUUCUGCACUCUUCGACCGGCCAAUGCGUCAGAAGCCCCUGAAGCCGCCAAACCCCAUGAGGCAGCGGGCGCUCCCAUUGCCACUACCGCACAAGACGAGGCUGCCUAUCGGUCCGGCGCCCAAGCAGCAUGUCCGGCUUGCUGCAAGAGCUGCGCUGUCAUCUCGCGCUUCCUUCAGCUAUCAGGUGUGCAAAAACCCGGAAUUCCUACUUGGGAUUGCUCGGGAGAUCGCUGGGCUUCCUCCAGAGCAUGGUGUCUCCAUGGUGCUCAACCGGUGGGCGAGGUUUCUCCGAAAAGGUUCCUUGUCACUGACCAUCCGUGAGCUGGGGCACAUGGGAUUCCCCGAGCGCGCACUGCAAACAUUGUGCUGGGCUCAGAGGCAGAAAGUUGUGCCAUUGUUCCCCGACGACCGGGUUCUUGCUUCCACCAUUGAAGUUUUGGCUCGUUUUGACCAGCUUAAAGUGGAGUCUGCAUUGGAGCAAUGCGCCCCCACGGCGAGCCGUGCUGUUCUUGAAGCCAUGGUUAGCGGGUUCAUCAGGGCAGGGAAAGUAGACCUUGCGCGCAAACUCCUGGAACUUGCAAGGAUCAAUAACAGGACACUGCACCCCAGCAUCUAUGUGAAGCUGAUGCUGGAAGCCAUCCGGACACCUGAAGGUUAUGGGCUUGCCUCAGCAUUGGUUGAUGAUCUUGGUGAUAGGUCGGACUUGGAGCUUCGCCCGCAGGACUGUACGGCUGUCAUGAAAGUCUGCAUAAAGCUUCGACGGUACGCAGCCGUGGAGAGCCUGUUCAGUUGGUUCAGGGGAUCUGGUGGGAGCCCCACCUUGGUUAUGUACACAACAGUGAUCCACAGCCGCUACCGUGACGGUAUGCACCGCGAGGCUCUGUCCCUGGUGUGGGAAAUGGAGCAGAUUGGUUGUCUGCUUGACCUGCCAGCCUACCGGGUCAUUAUCAAGUUGUGUGUGGCGUUGCAUGACCCAGAGAGAGGCCUCCGGUAUUUAUCAAGGAUGAAGGAGGCUGGGUUUGUCCCAAUGGGCGACAUGUACAAUGAUCUGAUAGAAGGUUAUGUGGCUGAGGGGAGGUUGGCCAAGUGCUGGCAGCUGAUCAGGGAGGCCGAGUCGGUCGGUUUGAAACUGGACAGGAGGCUGCUCGCACGCUUGUCUGAAACUGGAGAUGUCCAUUCUUGUUGACUCUCCGAGUGUUGUUGUCAUCUCACAGACAGAGUAGAACAGGAACAAAAAUACACACACUUCUGUGUAAUUGCUCUUUUGUGUAAACCUUGUUUUCAGAUGAAUUAUCAUCUGGAGUAUAAUCUUUGUAGUACAAGAAAGGGGUCAAGCAAUUACGUUUCUGUGGUGUUAAGUCCCUCGUGUAGUUUUCACUGGUCAAUGUUAUUGACAAAAUACAAUUGGUGAUUGGACUGCA